AUCCGAAUUUUGCAGUUUGAUUCCAAAACGGAAUUCCCCCACCUGCUAGCGAAGAGUGCCGGGCCGACCUAUAUAUUCUUUUAUCCACAGGUGCGCAUUAAAGUACAGAAUGUCACAGACCACAAAUGGUGUAUCGAAUGGUCAUUCUAAUGGCAUGGCAGGGACAGAGACCAAGCACCAGUUUCUGGAUGAAUUGUACAAGAUGAUGGUCAAAGAUGCUUAUGAUGGAAUGAAGAAUCGUGGUUCUAAAGUUGUGGAAUUCAAACAUCCCAAGGAGCUUGAAGCCAUGUUGGACUUGACACUGAGGAAGCAGACGUCAGAUGACAGACUACUGGAGAUCUGCAAGGAUGUCAUCAAGUACAGUGUUAAAACAGGGCACCCACAUUUCUUUAAUCAAUUAUAUGGAGGAUUAGACGAGUACAGCUUAGGAGGAGCUUGGCUUACAGAGGCCCUCAAUACUAGUGUAUACACUUAUGAGGUCUCACCAGUAUUUACAGUCAUGGAGAAGGCUUUAUUGCAAAAGAUGUUGGAUCUCAUUGGCUUCAAAGAUGGAGAUGCCAUAUUUACUCCAGGGGGCUCAAUUGCCAACAUGUAUGCUUUGAAUGUGGCUCGAUAUAAAAGAUACCCAGAUGUAAAGAGUAAGGGGGUGUAUGGUUUGCCAAAACUCUGUGUACUAACUUCAGAAAAGGGUCAUUAUUCCAUGAAAAAAGGAAUAGCUUUCAUAGGACUUGGGAUAGAUAAUCUAAUAAGUGUUAAGUCAGACAGCAAAGGAAAGAUGGAUAUUCAGGAUUUAGAGAAUAAGAUUCUUCAAGCACAGUCAGAGGGUAAGGUCCCUUAUCUUGUGAAUGCAACAGCUGGUACCACUGUUUUCGGAGCCUACGAUCCUCUGAAUGAAAUAGCAGAUGUCUGUGAGAAGUAUGGGCUGUGGAUGCAUGUUGAUGGGGCCUGGGGAGGAAGUGCUCUGAUCUCCAAAAAGCACUGUGAUCUUUUGAAGGGCAUUGAUAGAGCUGACUCCAUGACAUGGAACCCACAUAAAAUGAUGGGAGCACCCCUCCAGUCUUCUUCCUUUCUCACGAAACACAAGAAUCUCCUCCCGUCCUGUCACUCGGCCAAUGCUGCCUAUCUGUUCCAACAAGACAAGUUCUACGAUGUUUCCUAUGACACUGGGGACAAGUCUAUACAGUGUGGACGUAAAAAUGAUUCCCUGAAACUAUGGUUGAUGUGGAAAGCAAAGGGAGAUGAAGGAUAUGAAAAAGACAUUGAUAAUCUGUUUGAUUGUUCACGAUAUUUAGCCAACCUGGUGAAAAAUACAGAGGGAUUUGAAUUAGUUGUUGAGCCUGAGUGCACCAAUGUGUGUUUCUGGUACAUCCCGGUCAGCAUGAGGCAGCAGAAGAGGGAUGCAGACUGGUGGGAAAGACUGGGAAAGGUUGCCCCCAAAAUUAAGGAGGGAAUGACUAAGGAUGGGACCAUGUUGAUUGGAUACCAGCCAGAUGGAGAUCGUGUCAAUUUCUUCAGAAUGAUUGUGUCAAAUCUGGAAGUGGUCAAAUCAGACAUGCAGUUUGUAAUUGAUGAAAUUAACAGACUUGGAAAAGAUUUAUAAUUUGAUUAAUAUGUAUAAUCACGUUGUAGUGAAAAUUAAUUGAAUGUCAGAUCAGUAUUCACUGGAGUUUCGUUAGACAUGUAUUGGUGAUUGUUGAUUUCAUUCCUUGUUUUAGAAUUGUGGAAUUCUAUUAUACACACUGUUAUUUAUCACAAUUUUGAAUGGCUUUGUUUCAUUAUAUUACAGUCCAUUUCAAUUUUUGUGCUUAGUGAAGACGUGUUUUUACAUAUGACAAGGGGACCCUCUAACAUUGAAAAUGACAAACUUCACUCCUUCAUUGUAAGGUUCACUCUGAUAGGUAGUUUCUGUCAUGCUUACAUUAAUUGAAAUCUGUGAGCUUUCAUGUUGGAGGAAUGUAUAUGCAUCUAUAUGUAACCAGUCGUAGAAAUCACCAUAACUUCUACUUUUGGGUGAAAGAUUCAAGGAAAACUUGAAAUGAAAGUAUUGGAAAUAAACAAUAUCUCACACAUGGACAGUACAAACAUCGACGGAUGUUUGGACAUAAUACAUGAAAAUAUAUAUGUAUAUAUAUUGGUAUAUAUAUUAUUAUCAGACUUCCUAUUAAAGGGUUAAGCAGAGAGUGAUGGAGCGGUAAGGUAUUGGUGGGAAUAUGACAUGAAUUAGAAUAAGUCAUGUGAUUAUGGGUUAAUCUGUCCUUGGUCAAGAAAUAGAAAGGUAACGCUUGCAUACACCACACUGUGUCUCACACACACAGCACAGAAAAGUUAAUAAUGAUACUUGUAAUGUGUAGAUAUGUAAUAUUGGAAAUAUAAAGGUAAGACUCGUUCAGACUAAAGCAUGUCCUGGUGAGCUGGUUUUACUUUUGUGACUUAAGUUGGCCUACGAACUCAACCACUUUGUAUCACUGUAAGGAAAAUAUUAUUCUUGUUGAGAUGUCCCUAAAUAUUUCAUCAAAAUACACUGAAUUGUAUUCUUUUAAAUGUACAUCUUAUGUUUACGAUGCAUAGCUUAAAUAUUUAUGCAUUAUGAGUUCUUGACUAUAUAUAACGAAACAAUGAAACGAGGCAAACAAAUUCAUACACAUCAACCUCCUGUUUGCAUGCAAAAAGCCAGUGAUGUGUUCGGGUAAAAUGUAAGAUAGCAAUAGAUAGGAUAUAAAUGAAGAGACAAAGUAAGCUACAUCUCCCUCACUUAAUUACCUUUGACAGGAAAUCUGAAAUCAGACCUUGGUACUUUGAAAAGGCAGUUCAAAUUGAGGACCCCCUGACUAGUGGCAUUCAAAAUUGAAAAAAACAUAUACAACAGACAUGGAAUCCGUGACUUUACAGGAAAUGUAUUGUAUUUAGAUUUGCAUGUUAAAGGGGUGGUGGUGGUGGAUCAAAGUGAAAGGAGGUGUCUGUAGUAUACUUCUCUGUGAGAGACCUUACACACUAUGCAUUUAUAUGUUUGGGUUUAUAUUACCUCCCGCUUAAUGUAAUCUGCUAUGAAUUUUGUGUUCAUUUUUUCAAUACCUCAAUUCCAACCAUUGUUUAUACUUUUAUGCAACUCAAUAUAGUUCCAAAUCCUCAGGUUUAUAUGGUUUUAUCUUAAUUUGCAAAAUAGCACUGAAACGGCCAGCAUUUAAAUCUAUGAUAUUUUAUACAUUUCAGUAUAAAACAUUAGACAUGCCAUCAUCAGUGACUAUCUUGCAUAAAUGUUUAUAUUGUUAGCAGUCUGAACGGUUGCUAUCUUUAUUUAAACUUUGCACAGUUUUCUUUCUGAAGUAGCUCUUUCACAUUUACUGCAAAAUGAUGUUGUAUACAUGUAUGUGUGUGUGAGGGGGUAAUGUUAAAAUCAAGUAUGGUCAUUAUUGCAUAUGUAAAGCCUGGUGUAAAUACAUGUGUAAAGCCUGGUGUAAAUACAUGUGUAAAGCCUGGUGUAAAUACAUGUGUCGUUGAAUGUUGUUUUACAUCAAGUGAAGUUCAUAACCUGUGCAUAUUGAGAAUAUACUGUAUAUGUGUACUUAUUCUAUUAUAUUUAUUAUGAUUUGGAUCUGAUACACUAUUUGGCAUAAUCAUGAUUUAGCACUUGUUCUGUGUAUAAUAAUGGAUAUAUAAAGAUAUUCAUAUUUUAAGGUUCCCAUAGACUAGUGCUCUAGCUUCACCACAAAGGCACUAGAAUAUCAAUCCUACUAAAAUAUUAAUCCUACUAAGCACACAUACAGUAUGCAGUGUUGUAUUUUUCUUCAAUUGUCAAGAAAUCAUAUUACAUAUAUAUUGAAUGUAUAUACAUGUAUACUUUGACUAUAUUUAUUUCUGCUGAAGAAAAAACCACUUACUGCGUGUAAUUUGAACCCAUUUUCUCCUUCAGGAAAGUGUUUUUUGAUUUUUAUAGAAUACAUAUAUAUGCAUCAAA